CGAAUCACCGUGGUUUUCUCGCAAGGCUCCGAACGGUGUUUUGAUAAGUCUUGUUUUCGUCAGCUGAUAGUUUUAGGUUAUGAGUUUUGCGUGAUUUUGACGAUUUCUCUUUCAUUUAUAAUGUAACACGGCCAAUCGUUGCAAUUCAUAAUGAACUCCGGUUCUAAAUUGGACAUUAGCCAGUCUUCGCUUCUUAGCCUUAAAGCCGAACUUGCAAGAAAGCAUGAAGAAGCAACCAAGGCUAAGGCUCAGGCCCAAGGAAGUUUUAUAAAACCUCUCGCUAAACCUGCGAAGAGCUCAAUCUUCAGCCAUACUAAUGCAUCCAACCAUAGUAGUAAAAAGAAAGAACUGUCAGCAGAGGAGGAAUCAAAAAUACAGCGUUCUAGAUCUGCUCUGGAGGAGAAAGCCAAAAUAUAUGAUAGUCUCUCUCAGCAAUCAUCAUUUGAAGGACACUCCGAGUACUUGGUUAACUUUGCUAAAAAGUCAUCUUAUGCUGAUCAUUCACUUGGAUUAGAGGAACAGAAGGAGGAAGAAGAGAGAAGACGAAGAGAAAAGGAGGAGGAGGAGGAAGAGGCAAGGCGAGCAGACAGUGAUGAGUAUGAAAUUCCAUCAGAUCCAGAAGAUGAUUGGGUUGAUUUCACAGAUUCACUUGGGCGCACACGGCGUUGUUUGAGACGUGACCUAUCCCGCUUCAGAGAGUUAGAUGAUCGAUUGUUUAAAUCACUUGAACCAAAGAGUCCUCCAGAGGCUAAAGAUGUACCUUCACCAAACUCUUUGCCUCCUGCUGGAUAUCCUGCAGGAUGUGCAGCACCAGACUUAUUGUCAGAUGACAUGAGGAGAGAGCAACAGCGAUUGAAAUGGGAAGAAGAAGAAGAAAAACUACGGAGUAAAUCGGAAAUUCACUACCAGGAUGUCCUUUUUGAUGAGGCUCGCUCGCACGGCGUGGGGUUCUUCGCGUUCGCGCGCGACGAGGCGGUGCGCCGGACGCAGCAGGAGGACAUGCGGAAGCUGCGCAAGGAGACGGAGUCCAAGCAGAAGGCGGCGCUGACCCAGCGGGACCGGCGCGCGCAGCUCAUGAGGGCCCGGCUGCGGGCCGCCCACAACAGGAAGCGCGCCCGCGAGGGGCUGCCGCCGCUGGCCGAGGACGAGGACCUGCCCGGCGAGAAGGUGGAGGAGCCUGCUGAGCCCGAGGAGCCCGCGCCGGCGCCCUCCAUCCAGCGCGCCUCGGGCCCCAGGCCGCGGCCGUCGCCCUCCGUCAGGCCGUGGGACGUCGGCAAGGAGGGGGUCCCCGUUUUGUCGCAGAGCGAGUGGAACGACCAGCAGCGCUCGCAGCGCAAGCAGGAGUUUGCGCCGCCGUCGUUCUACGAGGACCGCCGGGGCGAGCGGUCGACGGGGCCCUCGGAGCGGCGGUCCGAGCAGCGGCGGCCGGCUCCCGCGAAGCACCACGGCAGCAAGCGAGCGGCGCAGGCGGGCGACGAGGAGGACGACGACGACGACCUGGUCGGGCCGCGACCCCCGCGCGAGUCUCCGCCCCCGGGGCCGGCCCCUCCAGCGCCGCAGGACAUGUCCGCGUGGCUGCGCGUGCCGCCGCCGCCCUUCAUGCCCCCCGUGCACCUGCCGCCGCCGUCCAUGCUGUGGCCGCCCGCCGCCGCCGCGCCGCCCCCGCAGCACGCGCAGCCCCCCGUGCCCGGCGAGGAGGACGGGCCGCGACCCCCGCGCGAGUCUCCGCCCCCGGGGCCGGCCCCUCCAGCGCCGCAGGACAUGUCCGCGUGGAUGCGCGUGCCGCCGCCGCCCUUCAUGCCCCCCGUGCACCUGCCGCCGCCGUCCAUGCUGUGGCCGCCCGCCGCCGCCGCGCCGCCCCCGCAGCACGCGCAGCCCCCCGUGCCCGGCGAGGAGGACGAGGCCUCGGACGCGGCCCGCGGCGGCCUGUUCUUCACGAGCAAGCGGCCUCGGCGGGACUGGCGGGCCCAGCAGCAGGAGGUGCGCCUGCCCAUGGAGGAGGAGGAGGACUUCACCGCGACCGAGCCGCCGCCGCCGGGGGUCUCGGAUUCGCCGCCGCGGCCGCCGCCGCCACCCCCCCAGGCCCGGGACAAGAAGCGCGGGGGCAGCGACGCCGUCGGCCGCGGGGUGGGCGCUGAGAUCGCCCCGCCGCCCACCCUGGAGUACUUCGGCCCCACCGAGGGCGCCGCCGACCGCAGCCGGCGGGCAGCGCAGCGGCUGGGCCAGGGCCAAGGCCAGGACGACCUGAGCGCCUCCAUCACGGCCGGCCUCCGCUACCUGCGGAACCAGGCCGAGGACAGGGAGAGGAAGAGGACGGACAAGGGCUGGGCUGACUUUGUCGGCUGAGAGCCACGUUCAGUUUUAUUUCAUUUAAACAUCGUUUUUGAAGACUGUCCUGUAAGUGUGGGGUGGGGUGCUUUUCUUACAGCCUUAAAAAAAUAAAAAAUAAAGAAAAAAAAAACACUGUAAUAAACGCAGCCUACUUAACAUUCAACCCAUCUUUUCUUUUGAUCAAAAGCGUCAUGUGAUAUAUGUAAUAGAUUUAAUACCAUGAAUCUUUCCAGGUAUACAGGGUGGGUGAUGCUCUCCCAAUAUGUACUGUAUUUGCCAAUAAAAUUCGUAAAAUAAAUUUUUGGCAUGAACCAUGA